GAGAGACAGACAGGUCUGUGUGAGAGAGAGAGAUAGAGGCUGCUGGGAGAGACAGACAGGUCUGUGUGAGAGAGGACAAGUAUAUUGAUAAUCCCUAUAGUUUGAUAAUGCCCCUCUGAUUGGUCAGUUGUGCCCAUGUACCUGUAGGGGAGGGGCAGGGGGCGGGGCUCCGGGAGUGGGACGGUGAGUAGAAGGGGAGUGUAUAAGGGAGUGAGAGGCACCGGGACUGACCGGGAGUGACGUCAUACAGAAAGUGAAAGUAACAAUCCCGGAAGCACCCGGAGACUGAGCUGUCCCAUCCCGGCUCCCGUACAGAUGUUCCCGCUCUCCUUGCCCGGAAUGUGCUUCUCCCCGUACCCACUGCCCAGCUGUAGGAAAGUCACGGGCACGGAGCCCACCCAGGAGGAAGAGGAGCUGCAGAGACUGGAAUGGGGGGCCGGGGAAGCACAACAGGGGGCCACGGGUGACAGUGACAUGGCAGAGGAGCAGACAGACCCGACAUACUUUAUCCACAUGGAGGACGACAUUGAGAUCUGUUCUCGCUUUCUGGUUGGGAAGUGCCCUCAGGGGUCCCUGUGCCCCCGGCACCACGCCAUGCUCCCUUACACCUGGCAGCUGAAGGUGGCAAGCACCGGCACAUGGUACACCGUGGGGGGGUGGGCACAGGAGGCCCUGGAGCGGCUGUUCUGUGACCCGGCAAGGACACAAGUUAAAUGUGUGCACCAAGGCAAAAAAUUUACCGUAGACUUUACCACCAUGGGGGUCGAUCACAGCCCCAUAUUCAGCCGCGCCAGACGUCUCUCCACCUCCACCAGUCCCUCCGUCCCUUUCCACACCAGCUACAGGUAUUAUUACGAGGAGAAGGACAGCCAUUGGGUUGAAUACGGCCCGAAUUUUGUGCAGAGCAUCGAGGAAGGGCUGAGGGAAGGCUUCCAUGACGUUCUGUGCAGCAGCUUCCAGUUCCGCUAUGUCCUACACCUCAGCAAGUCCUACCAGGAGAACCUCCAGACAGCCACCAGGAGGCGCAUGAGAGCCCGCCCCCUAUUCAGAUCCCCCCUGGAGAUGAUGGCGGAUUUGUGGACUCUCCGAAGUGCCGGGAGCUGCUGCGCGGCGCCCACUCCUAACCCUCCGCCGUACCCUAAAAUCUGGUUGAUGGACAACGUCUCGCCGCUGCCGGCCUUCGACCCCGUCCCUUUGCGUUGCGAGGAUGGAGAGUUCCCCCGUGUGUAUCGCUGCUUUCACAAGACCAUGAGAGAGACCGAAUACGUCGUUCUAGAGAUCUCCAGGAUCCAGAACUAUUUCCAGUGGGAGAAAUACGCACGAAAGCGGGAUCACAUGGCUCGGAGCUGCAGCGAGGCUGAGAGGGCCAGCCUGGAGCGGCAUCUUUUCCACGGCACGGACCAUUCGCUGGUGGAAGCCAUUUGCAAGCAGAACUUCGACGCGCGGGUGUGCGGCAAACACGCCACCAGUUACGGCCAGGGCAGCUACUUCUCCACCAACGCCAGUUACUCCCAUAAGUACUCCAGCCCCAACAGCAGCGGGCAGCACUUUAUGUUCCUAGCCAAAGUCUUAGUGGGGCGGCCGGCGCUUGGCAAAACGGCACUACGCCGGCCCCCGCCUUUAUUUCCCGAGGACCCUGCCAGUCCCCUCUACGACUCCUGUGUGUCCAAGACCAACCGCCCCGACAUCUUUGUUGUGUUCGACAACGACCAGUCCUACCCUUAUUUCCUUAUCAAGUAUCAGAAGAUUCCGGAAGUGGUCGCUGUGGACUGAAUUCCUUUGUUCCAGUUCAGCAUUUAAAGGGGCGGUUCACCUUUACGUUAACUAAGCAACUUUUCAAUUGGUCUUCAUUACCUAUUUGACUUCUUCUUCCAGCUCUUUGCAGUUUUUUCAUGGGGGGGUCACCAACCCCGGCAGCCAAAAAACUAUUGUUUUUUGAGGCU